AUGUCUGUCUGUCCGUCUAUCUCUCUCUCUUCAUAUCUAUCUAUCUAUCUAUCUAUCUCUCUUCAUAUCUAUCUAUCUAUCUAUCUAUCUCUCUUCAUAUCUAUCUACCUAUCUAUCUCUCUUCAUAUCUAUCUAUCUAUCUCUCUCUCUUCAUAUCUAUCUAUCUAUCUAUCUAUCUAUCUCUCUUCAUAUCUAUCUACCUAUCUAUCUAUCUCUCUUCAUAUCUAUCUAUCUAUCUCUUCAUAUCUAUCUAUCUAUCUCUCUCUUCAUAUCUAUCUAUCUCCCUCUCUUCAUAUCUAUCUAUCUAUCUAUCUAUCUAUCUCUCUUCAUAUCUAUCUACCUAUCUAUCUAUCUCUCUUCAUAUCUAUUUAUCUAUCUAUCUAUCUCUUCAUAUCUAUCUAUCUCUCUCUCUUCAUAUCUAUCUAUCUAUCUAUCUAUCUAUCUAUCUAUCUAUCUAUCUCUCUUCAUAUCUAUCUAUCUAUCUAUCUUCAUAUCUAUCUAUCUAUCUAUCUAUCUAUCUAUCUCUUCAUAUCUAUCUAUCUAUCUAUCUUCAUAUCUAUCUAUCUAUCUAUCUCUUCAUAUCUAUCUCUCUUCAUAUCUAUCUAUCUAUCUCUCUUCAUAUCUAUCUAUCUAUCUCUUCAUAUCUAUCUAUAUCUAUAUAUAUAUAUAUAUAUAUAUAUAUAUAUAUAUAUAUAUAUAUAUAUAUAUCGAUCUACCUCUAUAUCUAUAUUUUUUCAUUCGUGUUCUGUUUAUGACACGGAAGUAUUACAACCAAUUGCUACCAUUUCUUUCUGGAAUGUCCAACCCCAACGUGUUCUCGUUUUUGUUCUCGUUCUCGUUCUUUCUUUCUUUCUUUUUUAA